CAAGAGCAUAGAGCCAGAGAAAGAGAGGCGAUGACAAGAAAUGGCUACAGAGCUCACGUUUUAGCGAUUCCUUAUCCCGCUCAAGGCCACAUAAACCCUCUACUCCAAUUCUCCAAACGCCUAGCCUCCUCUAAGGGCCUCAAAGUGACCCUAGCCAACACCAUUUUCAUCGCCAACUCACUGAACCUACCCAAAUCAGCAGGCUCCGUCCAACUUGAGACCAUAUCCGAUGGAUAUGAUGACGGUGGCUUUCCCCUAGCUGAGAGCAUCGCCGCCUACUUAUCCCGGUUACAAGAUGUUGGCUACCAAUCCGUAGCCGAGAUCAUUACAAGGCACAAGGCAACCCCAAACCCUAUUGAAUGCAUAAUUUAUGACCCCUUCUUGCCUUGGGCGUUGGAUGUAGCCAAACAAUAUGGUCUGGUCGCUGCUGCCUUCUUUUCUCAAAGCUGCACCGUUAAUUACACUUACUAUCUUGAGCAUCAUCAUGGAAUAAUUUGGAGUCCAGCUUCUGUUCCCAAUAAUCUUCCUCUCGGACUGCAUAUUCUUGAGCCUCAAGAUAUGCCGUCCUUCUUUUCUGUCCCGGGCUCAUAUCCAGCUUACUCGGAGUUGGUGUUGAAUCAGUUCUCUCAUAUCGAAAAAGCUGAUUUCAUUUUCGCCAACACUUUCUACAAGUUAGAGGAAGAGGUGGUGGAUUCGAUGUCUCAAGUUUGUCCAAUGUUGACAAUAGGACCAACAAUUCCAUCUGCAUACUUGGACAAUAGCAUCGAAGACGACAAAGGCUAUGGGUUUUCUCUCUUCGAGAUAGACUCAUUCUGCACCGAUUGGCUCAAUACAAAGCCACCAGGCUCCGUCGUGUACGUAGCCUUUGGUAGUAUGGCCAGUCUAAGUGACAAGCAAAUGAAGGAACUUGCCUUAGGGUUGAAGGCAACCAACUUUCACUUCUUGUGGGUAGUCAGGGCUUCGGAAGAGGAAAAACUUCCGGACAAGUUGAAAGAAGAGACGGCGGAAAAGGGCUUGUUAGUGAAUUGGAGCCCUCAGCUCGAAGUGUUGUCACACAAAGCAAUAGGGUGUUUUUUCACGCACGGCGGGUGGAAUUCGACGAUUGAAGCAUUGAGCUCGGGAGUGCCGAUGGUUGUAAUGCCGCAGUGGACCGACCAGCCUACCAAUUCCAAAUUGAUCGAGAGUCUUUGGAAGGUUGGGGUUAGAGUGAAGGUUGAUGAGACCAGUGGAUUGGUUGGAAGAGAAGAGGUUGAGCAGUGCGUUAGGGAGGUGAUGGGGGAGAUGGGGAUUGAAAUGAAAAGAAAUGCUAAGAAGUGGAGGGAGCUUGCUAUUGAGGCAGUGAGUGAGGGUGGCACAUCGGAUAAGAACAUUGAUGAAUUUGUAUCCAAGUUGACCAGCGUUUGAUUUGUUUCAACUGUUGAUCGGAUCAGUGUAUUGUGUCAUGUAUACCAUCAUUACCAUGACAUGAUGUAGUAUAAUCAAACAUUUCUGGCUAUGAUUCACAAAUAUCAAUUAUUGCUUA